AUGGACUUUAAGAUUCACACUUUUUUUCUCCUCCAUUUCGCACUUCUUUACCUUCCAGUUUUAAGCUCAAAUCUAUGUCCAAGCUACAUUUGUAAGCCUCCUUCUAUGGCUUUUACUGCUAACACUUGCCUUUAUAAUAAUAAAGAAGCCUCUACUUCUUAUGCAAGAGAAUGCCCAGAUAAUAAGCUUUGUGUAUAUGCAGACGAGUCCAAUAAUAAAACCUGCACAGAUGCAGUUCUUAGCUUUGGCCAGAGCUUUGUCGGCGAAAAAUGCAAAACAAAUGCGGACUGCUAUAAUGGUUUUUCCGCUUCUAACUGCGCUAACGGAAUAUGCCAAGGAUAUUCAGCGAGCCACUUCUGCACAUCAUUAUAUCAAUGCAUGCCAGGAAAUUCUUGCAUUAAAGGAAUAUGCAGUCCCCAAAUAGAAAUUGGCCAAAAAGGGUGUUCAAGCGACUACGACUGCGUUCAAAAUGGUGCCUGCAAUGUCACGUCAGAGCUUCCUGAAACUAAUACUUGCUAUGAAGUAUUUUCAUUUGACCCUCACUCUCCUGUUGGAUAUUGCUAUAGCCCGUUCUCAGCUAUAGAUCGGGCUAUGCCCGAUCUUUGCCGGGAAACUCGGGGGUUGUCUGCGUCACUUCGAGGUGACGAGUCAACUCCCCGAGUUGGCAAAUCACUAUAUGGUAGCUAUUUGCCAACGGGGAGUUGAUUCGUCACCCAAAAAUUGACGCAGACAACUCCUCAAGUGUCCCAGCAAAAAUUGGACAUAGCCCGAUCUAUAGAUAGGAACGGGCUAUAUAAUCAGCAAAGCAUGCUAUGCAAAUACACGACCUGUGCCCAAAAUGGAGCAGAUGGUAAUUAUUACUGUACAAGCUUGCAAGUCUCAGACUCAAAGCCAGCUUCAUUGUGUAGUAGUGAUCAAAGUGAUUGUACUUCUAAGCCAGACAAUUUUUUUAACCCACCUUAUGUCGCUAAUCAAUAUUGUGCGUGUGGCUACAAUUCUGAAGGAAAUGCAUAUUGCAAUUUAUUCAUAGGAGACGGCCCAGGAUUGUCUUUGUUAAGUAUUAGAGCCAAAUGGUAUUCAAGUGAAGCGAUUUUAAAAUGUAAUACAGGGAGAAGAGAAGAAUUGAACUGCAUAAAGGAUUAUUGGGACGAAAAUAACUUCAACGCUUACUAUUAUUGGACAGUGUAUUUCCAGGAGUAUAAUUAUAUAAUAGGAAGUGAAAAAUGUGUGCUAAAUACAGCAGAUUCUAGUUAUGUAUAUGCUAAAAAGCUGUAUAAUGGAGAUAGUGGAGAUUCUGAUGAGAGCUCGGGGAUUGUGCUUGGAAUUUCAUUAAUUAUUGGACUUUUCCUUCAUUAA